UCCUCGCAUCCUUCCGGUUCCAACCAUUCGAGACCUAAGAUGGCGGACCGGCGGCGAAGGAGGAGGCGCGCGUCCCAGGACAGCGAGGACGACGACGAGUCCGGUUCGGGUUCGGACAGCGGGAGGUCGGGGUCCCCGGCGACCAAGAGCCGGGGGAAAGAACCAGAACCACCGGAGCCGGCGGUGACCCGAGUGGAGCCGAAGAGCGAAGCGGAGUCCGAGUGUGAGAGUGAAGAUGGAGUAGGAGAAGCGGUUCUGUCCGACUACGACAGUGCAGAUCCGGAGGAGAACGGCUCCCAUUCAGAGGGAGUGGAGGAGGAAGAGGAGGCGGAGCAUUUCAGCGACGAAGAAGCUCCAGCGGCAGCAGCCAGCGAGCCCAAACCCCCAGCUGCCGACGAAGGCCCCACAAAGGCCGAGGUGGUGGAGGAGGAGGAGGAGGAGCAGCAGGAGCAACAGGGUGGUGAGGAGGGGGAGGAAGAGGAGGACGUGGCAGACAAGGAGGGAGGAGGAGGACAGAGCAAAGAGGAGACCAAGGCCGAAGUGAAAGGGAACUUGGCCGGAGAGCGCCAGAGCGGCGACGGACAGGAGUCUACAGACGACCCUGAAACGAAGGACGGAGGGAAACCCGGUCAGAAGCUCGACGAUGACGAGGACAGAAAGAACCCGGCCUACAUCCCGAGGAAGGGUCUGUUCUUCGAGCACGACGUCAGAGGACACACUCAGGAGGAGGAGAGACCUAAAGGUCGAAACAGGAAGUUGUGGAAGGACGAGGGUCGCUGGGAGCACGACAGGUUCAGGGAAGAGGAGCAGGCGCCGAAGAGCCGCGAGGAGCUCAUCGCCAUCUACGGUUACGACAUCCGAAACGGCGGCGGCUCCGGAGACCGGUCGUACAGGCAGCGGCGGCCCAGACAGAGUACGUCUCCCAGCAGAGACAAGCGCUGGAGAGACGGAGGAGAGCGUCCGGUCCGAUCGUGGCACAGCGGAGGAGGAGGAGGAGGAGGAGGAGGAGGAGGUCUGAACCGAGGAGGAGCUCCUCCGCCUUCAUCCCCCCACCCCUCCUCUACACCGCCAUCCUCGCUCCCUCUCUCCUCUGCUCAGCGUGGCGGCAGUUCCUCCAGACCGCCUCCCUCCCGCAACAGACUGUCCUACCAGAAUCAGACGCACCCCGCGCCUCACUACAGGAAUAAUGAAUCAAACGCACCCCAGAUGCAUCCCAGGGAACGACAGGGCCCUAAAGCUCAGUCCGACCCCACAGGAGACAAGGGUGGAGUCAGCAGAGGAGGGCGGGGUGGUGGCGGUGGAAGGGGCGGACCCUCUGUGGUCAUUGAGGACAUCACAGUCAGCCAAGGAGGCGUUCGGGAACAGGACCUUAGCGAGACGACGACGACUGCAUCACAGCCGGGCGGUUACAAGUCUGCAUCGCCGAGGCGACAGCAACAGGAGCAGCAAGGGAGCGCCGACAGAUCUGCGUCAGGAUUGGCUGCUUCCUCCCCCACCUCUGACCCCUCCCUUCAGUCGUCAGUUGCGGCGACCAAUCGGGAAGCCUCUCCUCCCACCGAGCGGCCGGUGGAGCGCAAGUCUUACUCGGCGGCUCGCCGGACUCGCUCUCGGCCCGCAGACCUGGGCAGCAAGCAGCCGUCCGUGGAGGAGUCCGCAGCCGCGGGGAACGCCUCGUCCUCCCCCAGCGGCGUGGGAGGGAAGAGCUGGGCGGGAGCAGGCGACGGGCCGAGUCAGGCGGGAGGAGGGGCGCUGGCAGAGCUGGACCAGGACGUGGCUCGACUCAGUCUGGCAGGACAGAGCUGGCGCCAGAGUCCGACGUCCUACGUGCGGUCUGAGAUCAGAGGCCUCCCCAACCCAAUCCACAUCCCCGGCGGCCCGCCUCAGUUCUCCGGCAUAGAGGAGAUCGGUGUCGGCGCCAAUCGGGCCAAACGCUACUCCUCCCAGCGGCAGAGGGCUGUACCGGAGCCGGCGCCGCCCAUGCACCUGGGAGUGAUGGAGGGACACUACUACGAACCCAUGUCGUACCAGGGACCAAUCUACGCCCACGGGGAAGGCCCCGCCCCCAUCCCGCCGCAAGGCAUGCUGGUCCAGCCUGAGAUGCACAUGCCCCACCCGGGUCUCCAUCCCCACCAAUCGGGAGGCCCGAUCGCUAACCCCGCCCUCUACGGAGGCCCUCCUGUUUCUCUGUCGCCAGGGCAACCACAGCAGCUGCUGCCGCCGCCAUUCUACCCUCCGCCAGGGGUCAUGACCUUCCCCUACCCCACCAUGUACCCGACUCCACAGGGUCAGGCCCAGGUGACGUACGGCGGUGUGACGUACUACGACACCAUGCAGCAGCAGGCCCAGCCCAAACCGUCGCCCCCCCGCCGCACCUCCCAGCCCGUCACCAUCAAGCCCCCCCCUCCGGAGUUGCACUUUGCCUCAGAGUGACCCCGCCCCUCGCCCCUCCCGGCCGCCCAGUCUCGGGCUCGCUCUGAUCCAGGAGCUACAGGAGCUGGUGGGAGGGUCAGUGAGGAGCUGCAGUCUCCAACAACAACCGCCCGCGUCACCCAAGGGAGGUGGGGGGGGGGGGCAGGCGGACGGAUGGUGGGAGGCGAAGGUGGUGACCCGCAGCGUCGCUGGUGGAAAAUGACUGUUCCCCUCCUCCUAUUUUACUUUUUUUUUUUUUUUUCUUUCUCCUCUUAGUUUUCAUCCUUGUAGCAGUCAGGCGGGUUGGCGACUGUUCUGUAACUCUGCAGCCACAGGUUUGAUCCCACCAACGUGUCUUUGAGCAACAAAGCUGAACCUGGAAACGUUCUGCCUGUCGGACUGACGACUCUGAACCCUUUAGAGCCUCUUUGAAGCAUUUAGCGCCUCACGGAGUCGGACUCUGAGCCGCAACGCUGGGGUCAGAGAAAGUCUGUUUUAGUAUUUUUUUUUUUUUUUUCUUCUUCUUCGCAGUAACGUUUUGUGUUGAAACGUCGGACUGAAAACAGACGGUAUAAACGGUUUCUCUCUCAGCUCACUGUAGACCAGCUGUUCUAACAGGAAACUGGAGGUUCGUGUGCGUCACUUCUCCUCCAAAAGCGUUUAGCAAGAUAAAAACUGAAGCACACUGAAAUUUUAACAGCUGACGGUUAGUUUGAGGGCUGUCUGUGAGAAUCGGUUGUGUGCAUAGUUUGAAUGCAGCUCUCAGUGUCGCGUUGAUACGUUCAUGGCUGACCCGGUGCUUCCUGAACUCCUCCAGAUGUUGCAGAUGGUGGCAGUUUGUUAGACUCACAGACGGACAGUUCACUUUUCUUUCUCUGUUUUGUUUCUUUAACUCGUCAGCUCUGUGCUCGUUACUAGAACUCACUUUAGAUGUGAAACCUGGAUUCAGAAAUCUGUCCCGGACCGGAGGCUGCGACUCAAGACCGCUUAGUCGGUAAAAUGGCCGUCACAGUUUCUCAGAGUCAAAGGUCGCGUGUUUAAAUGAUCUGAAAAGUCUCGCCAUUUCAGUUUCUUUUGAUCUAGUAGUUGAUAAAUCGACCGCUCGUCGACGCGAUUGUUGGCGUUUUAACUCAGCAGCAGUCGUGAGAGCAGAAUAGAAACUGCUGUCGUUUCUCUUCCAAUAAGAAAACUAAAGCACGGCGGUGUUUAUCUGCAGGUCAGAGCUGGGAAAGACCAAACAAUACAAAUCUGUAAUUAUUUUUUUAAGCUUGGAGACGUGUUUUUUUUUUUUUUUUUUUUUUUUAACUUUCCUGCAACACGACAAAAACACGGACAGCCGGAUUAAAAAAAAAAAGACCUGCAAGCGGAUUUAAACCUCCAGGUUAGUCCCCACAGCUGCGUCACAUCCACUGUUAGCUUAGCGAUGGCCGCCCAGCCGGAAGAGACACACAGACCAAUCACAGCUGUCCUGGUGGUUGGAGUCACUACAAGUUAACCAGGACUCACGACCUCUGAACUGCACCGGCCGUUUCACACAGAGCAACCUAUCACAUCGCAGAUGGAAGCUAAUGUAGCAGCUAGUGUCUCAUUUAAAAUGAAAUAAUAAUUUAACUGAAGACACGACAGGACUGCCGUCGCCCACCCGGGGACUUUUAAAGAGACGUUAACGUGUGACAUCAGCGGCGCCCCCCUUCUUUUAAAACCUCAGUUAAUCUGCUCGUCCGAUCGCACAGUUCAUUUUCUGACGGCAGCGUUUCGUUUUCUUCCUCCUGAUGAGCAGAAAGUCAAAUUAGAGGCACAAGUUGCACAAAGUCUGUCGUCCGUCUGAGAGAAGCCGCCGCCGCCGCCGCCGGGUGGAGGCGUUUAUCGUCGCUGUAUAUAGAAAUCUAAAUGUGUAUAUAGAAGCUUGAAUGGAUGAAAUAGAAACAUAUUGUAAUAAUUCUGCUUCAGAGCAGCUUCUGAUUCAUCUGCAGGGACCUCGAAUGUUAACAGAAGUUAGAGAGAAGGAGCGGCGAGGCUUUAGCUUUCACUUUUCUAUUCCUUUCCUUUCUGAAACGUCACUGUUUGAUUUUAAUACUGGUUUUCUUUUUUAUUAUUAUUAUUAUUGUUAGUAAAUGCAGGAGGGAAACGGUGACUCUGCUGACUCCUUUUGUUGAGAGAAACCACUUCAUGAGGCUGAAACGAGCUGCUCUUCAUCACUCCUGAGUUAAGGGAAGCAGACACGCUUGUUUAGAAGUGGCCUCCUCUUCCUCUUCUUCCUCCUGCAGUUUAUUUUACAUUAAAUGUAUGAAUGAAGCGCUGGAGGUCAAAUUAAAGACAAAUAUUCCAGAUUUGUCCUGCGUGAUGAUGCACAAACGGGUAAAAUGUGAAAGCUCGUUCUGCCAGAGGAAGUUAACGCCAAACGCGCUGCGCCACGUGACUUCCUGCCCUGUUGGAGUCCUUAAGUCGCUGCCUCCUGUUAAACUGCAACCUGAAAAUAAGCGUUUGUGCCAGUGAUGCUCAGAAAACGCAGCCGCGGCUACGAGAGGUCCUGAUUCAGAAAAGUUUCUGUAGUUUAUGUGAAAGUUUGUCUGUUUUGAGAAACGAUCCUCUAGACAGACGCCGUCUCGGUCUGUUGGAGUCGUUACAGAAACUACAGAAACUGGGCUUUGUUUCAGCGUGUACUGUUCCUUUAAAAUCUUCCCUGAUCUGCCCCGAUACUGAUCCAUAAGAUGGACUCGACAGCAGGUUCAUGUGUACUGUAGUUUCUCUGGCAGACGCCGAGCUUAAUGGCUGUUUUUCAAAGAGACGGAUCUUCACUACGGCAGAAGUCUUCUCUUAAGGGUGACUCUGACUUCACGUUUUAUUUUGAAGAACAUGAACGGCGGCGUUCUGCUCCACCGCAGCGACGAGACUCUAAACACUAAGCCACCGCCGCCUCAAUUUCAAAUUUACAAAAAGGUUUGAUGACAGAAAAAUGCUUUUAGUUCUCUCCCUGAAAGUGAGACAAAGGCUUUAAGACGGCGGCCUGUUGGAGGAGGAGGAGGAGGAGGAGGAGGAGGAGGAGGAGGCCUUCCUCAUUAACGGCUGCAGCCUGCAGGGCUUCGGCUCGUUGGGUUUAUGAAUCUUCUCGACGUCGAUGGUAGAAGGUUUAGAGUGUUCGAAUCGUUUCUUCUUCAUGUGUUGAAGUGUUGAUAUUUUUAAUAAUCUGACCUGUUAACCUGAGCUGACCAGACUGUGUUCACGUGGCGGCCGUUUGUUUGUGAUGAUGAUGAUGCAUCAAUGGUUUUGUUUGUAUGUGGAGAACGUUGUCGUCGACUCAGAGGAUCAAUAAAGAACAGAAUAAUAAGAAAA